AGGAGGCUGCAGAUCGCGGCGGAUCCUCAGACCCAGAGGCAGCAGCUGCAUCUCGUCCUCCUCCUCCAGUCUUCACCACCCCCGGGGCACCGAGCAGGGGCGACUCUACCCAGCGGCGGGUGGGGGGCAAACGUGCAACAUGCCGGCUGAACAGCUCCAGCCGGGUCCGGUGUUGGUUCUUCCACCUCUGGGGGGAUUUACGCGGACGAGCGGACAGGAGACUCCUGAUGGAUCCGAAGUGCAGAGAGCUCUAAGUUGGAAAACUUCCCACCCGGAGCAGCUUUUUGUGUUUUGAUGUACGCGCUGCGGUGGAGGAGAUCACCCCGGGCAUCUGCUGCCGCUGCUGCUGCCGCCGCUCGCCGCUGCGCACCGUGACGCGCCGGGGUAGCGCGGCGAGGACCCCCACCGAGCAGCUUCACCCGGAGAGUCCGGGGAGGGAAACAAAAAACCUGCUUAAAAAUCUCCUCCACUCUGGAUUUGUCGCCUCAGGCUCGCGUGUGGUUUCGUAUCCCGGAGAUGCCACCUGUCUCUCGCCUCCGUCCGCCUCUGGAUCGGGUUGGGAUGGAUGUGGCAUCGUGAGGAAGGCACCAGCUUGCGGAUAAUCACCAGUUUGGACUUUUUUUUUUUGGCUCCCGGUGCGGCUCGCGGCUCUCCCUCAUGCAGCUCCUCCGGCUGGCCUGGGCUCUGGCUGCCUCUGCGGUCUGCUUUCUGCUCCUCCUGCUCCUCCACAACCAGAUCCUGAGAGAAGGUCAGCUGGCUGCAGGGACCUGUGAGAUCGUCACCCUGGACCGGGACAGCAGCCAGCCGAGGAGGACCAUCGCCCGACAGACGGCCCGCUGCGCCUGCAGGAAGGGGCAGAUCGCCGGGACGACACGAGCCAGACCGGCCUGCGUCGACGUUCGUAUCGUCAGGAGUCGACAGUGGUGUGAGAUGACUCCAUGUUUGGACGAUGAAGGUUGUGAUCUCCUGGUCAAUCAGUCGGGCUGGACCUGCACGCAACCAGGAGGCCGAGUCAAGACCACCACGGUCUCCUGACAGCGGCGGCGAGGACAGACGCCCAGAGAAAGGCCGGUUCCCAUUGUCCAUCGCCCGUCAUCACUGAGCGGAGCAUCUGCCGCUGCUGCUGGCGACCAAUCAUCAGCCACUAUCAGGGGCGUCGGCGCUCGUUGCUUAAUUCAUGGGUGAACUUGUGGAAGCUGAAGUUCUUUCUGGGAAGAAAGUGACUCGGUUUGUUCUCCAGGAGAUUUGAGCGGGGGGGUAUGGCGAGCUACAGGAUCUGUUUCUUUUGUUUGGCACCAAACUCUGUUUCGUUUUUACAGACCAAAGAUGAACAGAGCCAACGACGAGACGUUUUAGCGGGGUGGGGACUUUCAGAACUCCUCCGCAUCGGCAUAUUCAUGUAAAGAAAUGAAAACAUUGUGAUAUAUAAGUGACUUAACUGAGCAAAGUAAUAUUGUAUACGAGUUGAUAAAACAUGUAUCUGUAUGAGGAGAAGCUGUUGAUGUUUCUGUUGGCACCGUCCAGCUGUUCAUGCGCUGAACAUCAGGCUGGUGGAGAAGGUAAAAAAAAAAAAAUUACAUCAGACAUUUUUAUGAUAAGAAAAUAAAACUUUGUGCACUUUUAGCAGACGUCUAAAGACAUAUUUUAAAGUUUAGAGGCAGAAAUCUGUCAGUAAAUCAGGGCAGGAAUACUGUUGUGGUGACCGUGAGAUUGCCAACAAUUUACCUGCUAACAUGUUAGCAUGUUAGCAUGCGGAUGUUAGCAUUUACCUCAAAGUACACCUGUGCCUAAACACAGUAUCACAGUGCCACUAGCAUGGCUGCUAGACUCUUACAACCCUAUCUUACACCCAAGCACGACUCAAGAGUCUUUGCUAGUUUCAGACUGACGCAGAUGUCUUUUCCCCUCUAGAACCCACAUUGUUUAAAGGACCAGUCUGUAACUUUUACAGGGAUCAAGUGGCAGAAAUGGAAUAUAACAUACAUAAGUAUGUUUUUAUUGGUGUAUAAUCACUGAAAACAGAUAGUCAUUGUGUUUUUGUUCACCAAGAAUGAGCCAUCUAUAUCUGCAUAGGGAGCGGGUCCUCUUCCACGGAGUCCACCAUGAUUCUACAGUGGCCUGGAAUGGACAAACUGAACUCCUUUCCUGCUUUUAUGUUGACACUGCAGCAUGACACUGCAUCUAAAUAAAAUCUCUAAAUACUGUUCAAUAAACGAACAUCUUCACUUGAGAGACUAGUCGAUGGCGUAGUCGACACCAUUUUGUCACCUGACGGCCACCGUAGCCUCUCUGACUCACUUGGAAAGGGAGAGGUGAGGUCGCAAUCUGCAUUCUCACCACUAGAUGUCACUAAAUCCUACACACUGCUCCUUUAAAUCCACUUGCGCCCAUCUGAGCACCAUUUGGAGCUUUGUUGUAUUGCUGUCUUCCAACUGACCAACAAAAACCUGAUCUGAAGUCAGUGGUGCAGUAUUUCAUUGUUAUUUUAGGGUGUAUUAUCAAGAUGGUAAUAUGCACCGACAUUUUCAGAUGCUGAUCUGCUCGGACGCCUUGACUUUGUGCACGAACAGAUCCAUUUCCUCUGCAAAGAAGUGUUAGCAAGACACCAAGGUGCAAGUGCAGCUGGCUUUUAAAGGGAAUGGGAGAUGGCACUCUGAUUUGUUUUUUUGCAUGUUACACCCAAAAUACAUCCGUGAUUAAUUAAGAGACCACAGUACAACCCUUUUGAACCAUACACCUGGUGUUGCGACCUUUUUUUCAGAUGUUAAACCAGCAAAACUGGAUUCGGACAUGUUCAAAUGCACCUGCUCCAUGUGCUCUCGUGGUUAAAAUAGAGCCCUGUUGAGUCGUCUCUGAUGAGUUGAUAUAAAUAACAAUUUACACUUUUCCCAACUUUAAAAUAUUCUCCAAGGUGUUUGUUAUCAGUGUGCAAAGUUUCUGCCUCUUCUCCACCAGACUACUUUAUGCAUUACAUCAGAUUUUACAUUUUCCAGUGCCACAUAUUUGGACAACGUGCAAGUCAGCAUGGCCGGUUUUAAACGAAACACCGAGCAAAAUCAUUUCACACUAGAAGCCAAGCUGUCGUGUCUGUUUGAGGGGGAGUGUGGGUAAAGAAGCAUUAAAUGUAUUUUCAAAAGCCUAAAGUUCUAUAUUUAACAAUUUUAUAUGUUGUAUCUUUGUAGAAAACCUUAUUUAACAUUUCAUGUUGCUCGACGUUCACUGGGUUCACAGCCAGCGGCAGUGAUGUUGCCGCUGUCGAAGCUCGCUCACGAUUUCUGACAGUUUCUCAGCAGGGAUGAGGGAGAAUUUUAUGAUUUCACUUUCUGAUAAGUUGCUCUUUUAAAAAGUGUUUAUAACUUGUGACUAACGUUUUAUUAAGAACCUGAAUUAAAGACGAAUCAGGUGUCGUAUUGGAGGAUAAACACCAGUCAUAAUUAUUUUUUAAUAAAGCCGUUAAUUACAAGUUAUAAACCUAUUUUUAUGAGAAAGUGGCAUUGGGUUCUCCUUCAGUUAUUGUAGGUAAUGUACACCAAAUCUCAGAAUGCAGUGUGUCUGUAGGUCAUUGCCUUAGUCUCCAUCAGCCGGAGGAGAUGAACUCACCUUUUCUGUUUUGAUGCGCCGCUGUUCUGAACCAUGUUUUUCAUUAAACUGAAAACACAAGUUCAACUAUC